AUGGCGGCAGCCUUUGGCGCCCCGGCACCGCUCCCGGGGCAGCCAGGCUUCCGGGCGAGGCCUUCCGAGUCCAUGGCCCGAGAAACUGCGGAGAUGGAGGAGCGUCUCUCUCGGCUCAAGACGGAUCUUGCGGUCGAGGCAGAGAUGAGGGAGGCCGCGGGGACGAGAGCGGGGGGCGCUCGAUGGCGCAGCGCAAGGAUCGAGCGCGGAUCCGUGCGCGCGUACGCGAAAGAUGUGAAGAUCCGCCACAAGCAGCAGCUGCAGAAACGCCCACCGCAUGGGAUCUUCGCCAGCGCCACCACCCGGGGGGGGGCGGGCCUCGUGGGGAGCAAGGGUCAGCCGCAAGCAGGGGCUGGGGCUCGCGCGGCGGCCGCACUCCGAGAUGAGCAGCAGCAGCGACAGCAGCAAUACUGGCAGCAGCAAGCCCGAGGUGAUGCACAAAUCAGUAGGAAUCCUGCCGCUUCACGAUCGCCGCCACUGCCGCAGGAGUCAGCUGAGCAGUGUGUUCGUCCGAGCCCGGCCUUCGCGAGCAAGGAAGUCGCCCGAUGGGGUGUAGGGGACACGCUGGGGUGGCUCGACAGUCUCGGGCUCGAAAAGUACAGAAGCAUGUUUCAGCAGAACGAGAUUUCGGGGACGAUCUUGCUGGAGGUAGGGCUGGACGAUCUCGACUACAUGGACGUGCGCGUCUUGGCGCACCGCAAGCGCAUCCUAAAAGGUAUCGAGGAUCUCAGGAGGGGCGGCGGAAAGAAGCAAGCAUUGGAUGCUAACAUGCCACCGCCCCCGGCCCCGGCGUUGGAGCUGCUGCCAGACCAAACCACCAGUAGUACACGUGUAAAAAGGGAUGAGAGGGGCCCACGGGGGGAAGGGAAAGAAGAAGGAGAGGCAGCAGCAGAAACGACAUCGCAAAUUGCUCAAGAAGACUGUCGCGGAGUCGGCCACCGAUACUCACCCCUCAGCGGAGGAAAUAAGCAACACUGGUCUGCGAUCAAGCCGUUGUCGGAAAACCAAAGGGAUGGUGACGGACUAUCACCACCAGCAGUCAAUCCUGCCGACGGACAGUACAACGAAUUCGCUGCGGGCUCCAGCAUUAAAGAUGCCGUGGCAGAGUGGCGUGGAGAAGGAAAAUACUCGACGACAACGUCGGCAACAGAGGGCCGCGCGGGUUCCUCAUUGCGUCGACCCACGGUGGUUGGCCGUGCCCCGUUAGCUGGAAUGCCUUCUACAGCUGAAGAAGAAAAUUUUGAAGAUAUGCAGCUGGUGUUCAAUGCCAAACCGGCUAGACCAGGACUGUUGGGGGGACGAGAAGGUGGAAGAGAAAGCAUGGGGGAAGAGACAGAGUGCUGGGUUAAUCCUUUCUCUUCUCCACGGGUAGGCGAGAAGGGGGAAAACUCUCAGCUCGUAGACCUCGGUCAUGAACCGGAAGCUUCUUCCCACUGUACGGAGACGUUGACGGUGGCAGAUUCCAAGCAACUACAGGAGAUGCGGCAUACGGGGCACGACCCAGCCCUUGCUCUUGAUGAAGAAGCCGAACACGAGGCGUUCCGAAAGGCUGUGGCGGAGUGGAACCGCGGAAAAAACACCGGCGUCACGGCGGAUGGCAGCGGCAUCGGGGAUGGCAGUGCCUCUGGUCGUGGGAUUGGGGGCAUCAGUUCUGCUCAAACAGCUACAGAAGUGGAGAUUCCUAGCAGGCGAACGGCAGAAGCGAUGGCAGAGGAGCUGCGGAAGCAGAUGGACGCCGAGCACACUUCGCAGGCGAAGGAGCUGGAAGAAGAAAAGAGAGCCUUACUCGAAGGCUUGGAAAGUUCACGAGAGGGGGCGACAAAGGGGGACCAACUUGAGCUGGGCGCACCCGGCGAGGGAACGGAGGUGGAAGAGCAGGAUGACGACGCAAGGUGGCGCGAAGGGGAGGAUGUCAGAAGUGUAGGAUCGUCUUCCGUCUGCUCGUCAGCAGGGCGAAGCAGCGGCUCUGAGCGCCAGGACACGGAGGCAGACAACUUUGGAUGCGGUGGUCAUGACGGCAGUGGCGUUGUCGAGAUUGAGGUGGUGGAGUCGGUGCUUGGAGCCGACUUGUCGAGUGAGGGUGGGGUGAGCUACGUCGUUGAUGAAUGUGAUAGCGGCGAUGAGUCACACUUUUGA